GUUUGCAAUAGUUCACGAGCGAAAUUUCAACAUCGACCAAUUUAUCUCCCAGUGGGUCCACUCCUCCAUUGCGGCGAUCCCCAGCCUUCCUAUGGCCCCGGCACCGUUACCGGCCAACCCUCUCGCCAACAUCAUCGGCUGGAACCCGCCGCAAAAGAUCGUGCGACCGACUGCCUAUGGCGGGGACUUUUACGACAUUCAACAGAUUCCGUGGUGGGAAGCACUACGGGUCAAACGCUCGGAUGCGCGACACCUGCGAGACCAAUGGUACAAGUCGUAUCAUAAUCUGGAAUAUUCCAGUCACCGACACGGGAUCAAACUCCCGCAGGAGGAGUUUUAUUUUCGGGAGAAGUCCAUGCACACUAGAUUCAAGACCACCAUUGAACAUUUCCAACUGCGCAAUCUGAUGUCGGUCGCUGCCUACAAUACGGUGCAUUUCGCCCAGGAAUCCAAGUUAUAUUCGUGGAUCCCCGCCUACGACGACUUGACCUGUUUGAUUGACCUGUCCCGGCCGUCCUUAGAGACCGGGUUCCAGGGUCCGGUCAAAAUCUCCUCCAUGAAGUCCGCGCACGAGGUGGCCAUCGCGGGAGGGUUCAUGGGAGAGUAUGCUCUGCGAUCUCCAGACGCCGAGGGCAGCGGUGCCUCUGGAUUCGUCACUAAAGAUCCGAACGGGAUCACCAACCACAUCGAUGUCGUGCCCAGUCGAACGAACCGAGCGCCGAUAGGAAUCUUCGCGUCUAACGACCGGCAUCUGCGGGUGCUGGAUUGCGAGACCAACACCUUCGUGGCGGACCACGAGCUCUCGCGCGCCAUCAACUGCACGGCCACAUCUCCCGACGGGCGCCUGCGCGUGGUGAUUGGCGACUCGCCGGACGCCUGGGUCGUCGAGGCGGACUCGGGGCGACCGGUGCACCCGCUGCGGGGGCAUCGCGAUUUCGGGUUCGCCUGCGCCUGGUCCCCGGACAUGCGGCACAUCGCCACCAGCAACCAGGACAAGACGGCCAUCAUCUGGGAUGCACGCACGUGGCGGCCGCUGGAGAAGAUCGAGUCCGACGUCGCGGGAUACCGGUCGCUGCGAUUCUCGCCCGUGGGCGGCGGCCCACGGACCCUGCUGAUGUGCGAACCGGCCGACCGGAUCUGCAUCGUCAACGCGCAGACCUACCAGACGCGCCAAGUGCAGGACUUCUUCGGCGAGAUCGGGGGAGCCGACUUCUCGGCCGACGGCAGUACGAUCUGGGUGGCCAACGCGGACGAGCAUUUCGGCGGGUUCAUGCAGUACGAGCGACGGCAAUGGGGGCAGCGGUACGGGGUGCGCGACCUUCCGACCGAGUGGCUGCGCGAGUCGGAAUUGGACGAGGACGAGCGAUGCGUGUUGAGCGAACGCGAACGGCAGAUGCGCUUCUGGUGGAACCUGAGUGACGAGGAGCACGACGGGCUGAUCUUGUAGUUGGUCGCAGACCUUCUCUACGGACCUACGGAUCCGUGGCUUUAUUUGCAUGCAUAUUGUCUCUUGAUUGUCUGUUUAUUAUGUUCAUUGCAUUUCCAUGGGAGGAUGAUUGUUUCUACAUUAGCGGUGAUACCAUAUGAUAUUCUACCAGAUGUUCUUGUUCGAUGGGCUGUUCAACCUAGGGUUGAUUGAGAAAUGAAAACACCAUUAUAUACGCGGUCAUAAGAUCGCUGCGGCAGAG